AAAGGCAAAACAGACUCUCUCUCCCACAGCCCAAAACCGUACUGUACUGGCCAGACGUACGGAACAACACACAUGGAGGGCGACGACCGGAGCGCCCCACUGCUGGGCAAGGGCAACGGCGCCGCCCGGCAGCCGUCGCUGCGGCGGCGCGACUCGGCGCGGUCCCUGCGCAGCAGCUUCCUGUCGCGGCUGCCCGACAAGAUGCGCACCGAGCUCGACCCCGAGCGCGCCGCCGACGUCGACAUCGCCCGCGUCAAGGACCUCUCCCAAGGCGAGAGGGACUACUACACGAAGCAGCUCGCCACUCUGAGGACUUUCGAGGAGGUGGAGGCCCUGUGCAUGCCCGGCGAGUUCGACUCGGACCCCGACGGCGAGGACGAGGAGCAGAAGCAGAGCGAGCUCGCCAUGAAGAUAUCCAACUACGCCAACAUCGUCCUCCUGGCUUUCAAGGUCUAUGCCACGGUCAAGACGGGAUCCAUGGCGAUCGCCGCGUCAACGCUCGACUCGUUGCUGGAUUUGAUGGCCGGCGGCAUCCUCUGGUUCACGCACCUUUCCAUGAAGAAGGUGAACAUUUACAAGUAUCCCAUCGGGAAGUUGCGGGUCCAGCCGGUCGGCAUCAUCGUCUUUGCCGCUAUCAUGGCCACUCUAGGUUUCCAAGUCCUGGUGCAAGCUAUUGAGCAACUUGUGGAGAACAAGCCCGGCGACAGGCUGACAUCGGAGCAGCUGAUAUGGUUGUACUCCAUCAUGCUGUCAGCAACUGCGGUCAAGCUUGCUCUAUGGUUUUACUGCAGGAGCUCAGGGAAUAGCAUUGUCCGGGCAUACGCAAAGGACCACUAUUUUGAUGUGAUAACAAACGUCGUUGGUCUGGUGGCUGCUGUUCUGGGAGAUAAGUUCUUCUGGUGGAUUGACCCUGCAGGGGCUGUGCUUCUUGCAGUGUAUACCAUAACGAAUUGGUCCGGAACUGUAUUAGAACAUGCAGUUACACUGGUGGGCCGGUGUGCUCCUCCGGAGAUGCUUCAGAUGCUGACGUACCUUGCAAUGAAGCACGACACUCGUGUGCAGCGGGUCGACACGGUCCGGGCUUACAGUUUCGGCGCCCUCUACUUUGUUGAGGUUGACAUUGAGCUCUCGGAGGACAUGCGGCUAAGGGAAGCUCACGCCAUCGGCGAGUCGCUGCAGGAGAGGAUAGAGAAGCUGCCAGAAGUUGAGCGGGCGUUUGUUCAUGUGGACUUCGAGAGCACUCAUAAGCCAGAGCACACUGUCCGGAGCAGGCUGCCGGCAACUGAGCCCUGAUACCUCAACAACUCGCAACAUUUGCCUGCUCUUGUACAGUGAAAAUAUACCGGUUAAGUUGUACUGUGUUGUUAGUGUUUUUACUGAUGGCAGAGAAGCUAAAUACAGGAUUCACCAUUUUUGGGAAGCGUUACCUCCUUUUACCCUUUCUGAAUGGUUGUAUUUUGAUGAAAUACGGGUGUCUUAUAAUGGAAUAA